CCAUUUGGUCUUGAUGUACAUCGGGUACUGCUGCAAUCAGUUGGCACUGACGGAUCCAUGCUUAUUGCUUCGUGGUCUUCGGCAUUAAGUGCGAGAUCUUGCUUAUUGGCGCAUUAUACGACAGGCAUCAUAUCGAGUGACACCAUGGGAUGUAUCUUUUAUCAAGUUCUCACUCGGUUUAUGCUCGCUAUGAUUGUCAUCUUGAUCGUAGCUCGGCUUCUCAUGUCUCUUACUUUUCACGUUUAUUUAUCGCGUCAACUUGCGUCUACAGCACCUGUCCGCCAAUCUCCAGCAACGACGGUAGUAGGCCAUGUCAAGGAUGAAAGACAUAUCUCGUCUGCAGAGCCUAUACAUCCUGUAGUUCAUCGACCUUCGAGGCCCAGUUAUCGAUUUGAUACAGGGGACACUUCUGGAAUGCGUGGUCCUUUGCCAUUGUCAUUAUACACUAUUAUGCUGGUUACGUGUUAUUCUGAGGGAGAAGAAGCCCUCAGAAAAACGCUAGAUUCGUUAGCCAGUACUCAUUAUUCACAAGACCACAAGAUAUUUUUCAUUAUUUGCGAUGGCAUGGUUACUGGAUCAGGAAACACGAAAUCGACCGCGGAUAUUUGUUUAGAACUGUUGUCACUCCAUCCGAAUAGCGUUCAUCCUCUGCCAUGCCCUUAUCGUGCCAUCGCUGAAGGAGAGCGCCAGCUGAAUGCUGCCAAAGUGUAUGCUGGUUAUUACAAGAAUAUCCCAGCAUUGCUUGUCCUCAAAUGCGGCACGGAAGAAGAGCAGCAUACCUUUUCCCGCCCCGGAAACCGUGGUAAACGAGACUCCCAGUUACUGUUGAUGAACUUUUAUCAACGCAUACUGUUUCAUGAACAUAUGUCACAGCUGGAUUAUGAAAUCUUUUGGAAAAUGACGAUGAUUAUAAAAGGCGCCGUCACUCCCGAUCAAUUUGAACUCAUACUUAUGGUUGAUGCUGACACACAAGUUCUCCCAGAUGCUCUUUCACAUAUGGUGGCAGCGAUGACCAACGAUACUCGGAUUAUGGGACUCUGUGGCGAAACGAAAGUUGCAAAUAAGAGUGAAUCCUGGGUGACAGCUAUUCAGGUGUUUGAGUAUUAUAUGUCGCACCAUUAUGCGAAAGCAUUUGAAUCCGUAUUUGGAGGUGUCACUUGCCUUCCCGGUUGCUUUUCCAUGUAUCGUAUUAAAGCUCCAAAAGGUGAAGGCUGGGUGCCUAUCCUAGCGAGUCCCGACAUCAUUAUGGAUUACAAUCAUUCGGUGGUUAAUUCUUUGCACGGCAAAAAUUUGCUUCUCUUGGGCGAAGAUCGCUUUCUGUCCACCUUGAUGUUACGGACAUUUCCUCGUCGGCAAAUGAUAUUUUUACCUCAAGCGCAAUGUCGAACCACAGUUCCGAGCACGUUUCCGGUGUUAUUAUCGCAGAGACGACGGUGGAUCAAUUCGACUGUGCAUAAUCUUAUGGAACUGGUCUUAGUAUCCGACUUGUGCGGGAUCGCUUGUUUAAGCAUGCAAUUUGUGGUCCUUCUCGAUCUGCUUGCAUCUAUCGUUCUUCCUGCAGCCAUUGCAUUCUCCAUUUACCUCAUUAUCAAUAUCUUUAUUAGCCGCCAAGCCCAGCUACAACCGUUACUGCUCCUAUUAGCCAUUAUAGGAUUACCUGCUAUCCUUGUGGUGUUCAUGACACGGAAAAUGUCAUAUAUAGGAUGGAUGUUAAUUUAUCUAUGCUCCUUGCCGAUCUGGAACUUUGUCUUACCGAUCUAUGCUUUCUGGCAUUUUGAUGACUUCUCAUGGGGUGAAACACGAAGAGUGCUGGAAGGAGAAACCAAACGGGCUUCCCAUGAUCCAGUCCAAAAUUCUAUCUCGGUUCGAGUCCGUUUCAAGUCACUUGGUCAAUGGGAAAAGGAGCGAUGGAAUAUAUUAAAAAUGUAAAGCAUACAAGCGGCGGAUUAUUGUACAUGUUUAUGCAAAUCACUCAAGUAAAUAAACCUUACCUUAAUAUC